AUGGCCCAGCUCUUCAAGAUCCUGACAGCGCUCCGCGUCUUCUCUGCCGUUGAGGACUCCAUCUAUCAGAGCCUGAUGCGCCGCCCGGGCUUCCACCACUUCGUCGGCCGCAUCCAGCGCGAGGUCGACGAGCUCCAGAACGGACCCCAUCCCAACGCCCCGCCCCUGCGCCUAGGCGAGGCCACCGAGGACCCGAGCCGGGCCGGCUCGAGCUUCAUGAGGCACUUCGUCGAUGAGGUCCGGAACCAGAUUCGCGGCACCCCGAGCGAGAUUCCGCCGCCGCCGCCGCCGCCGCCACAGCCGGGAUCCCUCCGCCGCAAAUAG